CCCUCCUUAUUAGCAUCCUUUCAUCGUAUUCAUCACUAUGAUUACAUCAGAAAAUGAAAUUGAAAAAAAAAAAAUUAAGUCUAUUUACUCUUGUCAAAAAUCUCUUUCUUCUAGAGUGAUGCGCACCCAGCUGAGUCAGUCAAUGCUUCUUGUUUCAGCUGGACCAGCUAAUAUCCACCUUCCUCAGUUGCAAAACAAUGGCUCUUCUCUAUAUAAACCCCUCUUCAAAAUAAACACUCAGAAACAAGAGCAAAUCAAAGGAAGGGAUUAAUUAGAGCUUCAUCUUUGAGCUUAUAUACCCUUUUGAAGGCUCAAUGAUUCUCUCAGAGACUCCUAAGAGUAAUCAUACAACUAUGGCAAGAAAAGGGUGGUCAACUCUAUUAUUUUCAUCCUCAAAAACUCUUUCAUCUUUUAAUUCCUUUCCAAGCUCUUCUUUUCCCUCCUCUCCUGCUGUUCACAAGUUCACUGAAUCCAUGAUGGAAGAGAACAUUGAAAAUGCAGAGUCAAUAAUCAGGAAAUGGGACCCUGACUCCGCAGCAGUCACCCAUGUUACCUCCCUAUUCCACCAGAGAAAAGAAGCAAAAGAGUUCCUCAAAAGUGUCAAAGACCUUCGCCUAGCCAUGCACUUCCUGGUGUCUGAACAUUCAGCCUCUGAUAAGCUUGUUCUUGCUCAAAACCUCAUGCAAAUUGCCAUGAAAAGACUUGAAAAAGAAUUGUAUCAGAUUCUGUCUGCACAUCGUGACCAACUUGAUCCCGAGUCUCUUUCAGGUCUAUCAUCGGAUGGCUCUAGCAAUUUUGAAGAUGAUGAUGAGAUUGGUUCUGAAGAAGAGAUUAAAAUAGCUGGUGAAUCAAUCACUAAGGUUGAAAGAGAGGCAACAAACGCCAUGUCUGAUCUCAGGUCAAUAGCUCAUUGUAUGAUAAGUGCUGGCUAUGGUAAAGAGUGUAUCAAAAUAUACAAGCUCAUCAGAAAAUCCAUAGUUGAUGAAGGACUCUAUCUUCUUGGAGUUGAAAAGUUCAGGUCUUCUCAAAUUCAAAAAAUGAAUUGGGAAGCUCUUGAGCAUCUGACCAAGAACUGGCUGAAUGCAGUAAAGAUUGCAGUGAAAACACUGUUUGGUGGAGAAAAAGCUCUCUGCGAUCAUGUUUUUUCUGCAUCCCAAACUAUCAGAGAAUCAUGCUUCACUGAUAUUACCAAAGAAGGUGCAACAAAUCUAUUCAGAUUUCCUGAACUCAUCGCUAAGUGCAAGAAAACACCAGAAAGAAUUUUCCUGCUAAUGGAACUUCAUGAAGCUCUCUCCAAUCUUUGGCCAGAGAUUGAAUUGACAUUCAACUCUGAAUCAACCUCAGAAAUUAAAUCGCAAGCUUUUUCAUCACUUCAGAGACUUGGCGAAUCAGUUCGUGCUAUUUUAUUUGACUUUGAAUCAACAAUUCAAAAGGACUCGUCAAAAACUACUGUUCUUGGUGGUGGUAUUCACCCGCUGACUAGAAAAGUGAUUAAUUUCCUAUCUGUGCUUUCAGAUUAUGGUGGGAUUCUCUCUGAAAUUUUCGCGGAUUCUUCACCACCAUUGCCUGAAUCUUACUUCGAGAGUCCCACCUUUGAUGAUGGUUCAACCCCAGCAAUCUCAGUCCUCCUGGCUUGGCUCAUUCUAGUUCUUUUAUGCAAGCUUGACACUAAAGCAGAAUUAUACAGAGAUGUGUCUUUGUCAUAUCUAUUCCUCGCAAACAAUCUUCAAUUUAUCAUUGAAAAGGUCUGCACAACUCACCUGAAGGUCCUGCUAGGCGAGGAUUGGGUCGUCAAGCAUGCCAAGAAGGUUAAACAAUAUGCAGCCAACUAUGAAACAAUGGCUUGGAAUAAAGUCUUCUCAUCUUUACCAGAGAGAAAUUCUCCAGAACUAUUGCCAGAAGCAGCAAAAGAAUGUUUUCGCAGGUUUAAUGCAGCUUUUGAAGAAGCAUAUAAGAAACAGACAUCAUGGAUUGUACCAGAUGGGAAUUUAAGGGAUGGAUUGAAGGUAUCCAUAGCCAAAAAACUUGUACCAGCUUAUAGAGAAUUUUCUGAAAAGUAUUUGGUGAUGUUGAAUGGAGAGAAGAAUCUGGAGUUGUUGGUGAGGUUUAGUCCUGAUGAUCUGGGGAACUAUCUGUCAGAUUUGUUUCAUGGAGUUGCAAUUUCAGAUAGUUCCCCAUCAUCUUCAUCGCGACGAUGUAUACCCCGGUGAACUUAUAAUUCUGAUAUAGAAAAAAGUAAUGCAGUAUAAUGUAUCAUAUCAA